AUGACCAUUUCAUCUACAGAAUUAUUAUGUCCUGCAUGUUCGAAUUCAAUUGAUUCAUCUGAUAAUAUUACUUUUUUUCAUAAAAGUUGGCAUAAAAAAUGUUUUCAUUGUAAAACAUGUUAUCAACAAUUAACUGCAGACAAUGCUACAAUGCGAUAUGAUGAUAAAAAUAUACUCUAUUGUAUGAAACAUUUGCCUGAUGAUAAUAUUGAAAAUUCGAUAUUAACAUCAUCGAUGCGAGCAUAUACUCAUACAUUAGAUCUUAGCAGUCCUUCAGAUUGGAGUAUUGAUGAUGUUAUACGAUGGUUGAAUGAUAUAUCAUUAGAAGCAUAUAUUGACAAUUUUCGAAAAAAUGAAAUUGAUGGUUCUGUAUUAAUUGACGAAGUCGAUGGACUUAAUGAUAAUAUAAUAAACCAACUAAUUCCACCAUUAGGUACUCAAAUGAAAUUUAAAAAAGCAUUACGAACAUUACGAAAUAAUGCUAAGAUUUCAUUAAAAUCAAAUAUUGAUCUUAAAGAAAUGAAACAAAAAUGUGAAGGACCACUUCAACUUCUACAUACAAUUCAACAACAAACUGAACAAAUAAAAUCACUUGUUUUAACAAUUAAUUCUCAAGCACAACAAAUUGAAGAAUUUUUAUUACAAAUGUUAACAAAUAAAAAACCUCCACCGAUUAAUUCAUUUAAUCAGUUAUCUUCUACCAUUCAAAAUCAAUUACUUGAUCUACCAUCCAAUAUACCAAAAAUUUCAUUAGUCUCCCCUAACUCUUCAUCUUCUACAAUUCCUACAAUCGAUUCAAUGACACCAUCGAUUCUGCCAUUACCAGCAAAUAGUGGUGCUUCUUCAAAUAUAGUACCUGUUGCAACAGCAAUCGAUGGUCCAAAAGGUUCAACUGGUGUUUUAUUUCCAGCUGUUAUUCAUCCAGAUAUCGAUAGUAUUGCUAUACAACCAGUUCUCGAUGAUAAAUAUAAUUUUCAAAAUUAUGGCAAAUAUACAGUAAUGAUCUAUGAUCAACAAUCUGAAAAUAUUCUUGUUGAAACAUUAGUUAAUGUUGUACCCGAACAUGAGAUAUGUAUGCCAAAAAAAUUUGUUCUUCGUGAUUCGGUUAAUAAUAUUCUUGUUGAUGCAACUGUUAUGAUAAAAUUAGGUGAUCAAAUUGUUUUUACUGGUAAAACAGAUUCAACAGGUACUGUUCAUAUGCCAACAACAUUACCAAGAAAUUGUUAUGAUGUUGAAAUCAAUAGUGGUCAUGCGAAAUAUAAAUCAUCGAUAUUUCGAAUGAUUGUCUAUGAAAAUUAUGGGCCAGAUAUAAAUACACAAUUUAUUUGUCGACAAUUAGAAAGUAAUCAAUUAGAAAUCGUACUUAAAUGGGGUUUAUUACCACGUGAUCUUGAUUCACAUGUAUAUGUAUCGGAUGGUCGACAUGUUUAUUUUAGAUCGAAAUGUCAAGGAAAUGUUUCACUUGAUUGUGAUGUUACAAAUGGUAAUGGUCCUGAAACAAUUAAAAUAACACUUCAACCGAAUUUAAAAUAUCUUUAUGUUGUUCAUCGAUACACACGUGAAGCAUUAUUAGUUAAUUCAGGAGCGACAGUUACAUUCAAUGAUGGUGAAGCCUUAAAUUCAUCGAUUCCUUAUCAAAUUAUUCAAAUUCCAGUUGUUAAUCAACCUGAAGCAAAUUUUUGGGUCGUCUGCGAAAUCGAUGGAACAACGAAAAAAAUAAAAAUGUUCGAAAAUACAUUCGAAAAUCAUAAUUAUUAUAGUGGUGAUGAUAUUGCAAGAAAAUAUUUUAAACAAUAA